CUGUACCGACAGGUCGAUGUGAAGCUGCACUCAGCAGACGGGUUAGCAGACGGGGAAACUUGCGUUGUCAAGCUAUCGUGAAUAUCUAUCAAAGAUCAAAGCAAAGAAUGUCAACGAUGGCCGUGAGACACGAUGUGACCCUGAUGAUGUCCAAGAUCCUGAAAGUCCAGCCUGUCAGAUUGAUGUCAGCUGUAAGCAGCGCCACCACAGACCAGAUGAAGGUCAAACCUUUUGAAGAGAUACCUGGACCAGGUGGAGUCUACAGGUGGCCUGUGGUUGGAACUUUACUCCACUUUAAGCCUUUCACCAAAUACACACCAGAGACUUUGCACAAACUGAAUGAUUCACUCUUUGACAAGUACGGUCCUGUGGUGCGUGUCCGUCUUGGGGAGGACAUGGUGAUGAUCUGUGACCUUAAGGACAUCGACACCAUCUACAGGCAUGAGGGGAAAUAUCCAAACAGACCAACAAUGGAUGUCACAGGAGAAAUUUUUGCCAAGAAUGGAUUCAAGAAGGGACUUGCAGAACUCCAAGGAAAAGAAUGGCAUGCCCUGAGAACUCCAGUCAACAAAAGACUAAUGAAAGCUGACUCGGCCUAUCAUUACCUGGUCCCACAGAACGCCGUAGCUGAUGAUUUUGUCAACAUUUUGGCCACACAAAAGUUAACGCCGGAGGAAAUGAAAGAUCUUUUCUUUUGGUUUGCUACUGAAAGUAUCGCUGUGGUCACCUUUAACACACGGCUGGGUUACCUGGACGGCUCUGCUGAUGCUGACGCCAAAGCUUUCAUUGAAGCGUUGAAAACGAUAUUUGUGCAUAUCAAUAAAUCACUGACAGGAGAUUUUGCUUACAAGUGGUAUGGGAGUAAGAAGUUCAAGGACGCCGAACGCUGCGUUUUAGUUGUUAGAGAAAACACUCUGAAACACACCAUGAAGGCCCAACGAACGAUUGAUGAACAGAAAAGAAAUGGAACUUUGAAUCCUGAUGAGCCCAACCUUCUGCACUAUCUGGCAUCGGACUCAAGCCUCACCACAGAGGACAUCGUCAACAUUCUCUUUGCUCUCUAUAUGGCUGGGACAGAUUCGACAGCAAAAAACUUGCAAGCUUUCUUUUAUAACUUGGCGAAACACCCAGAAAAACAGGAAAUUCUCAGGAAGGAAAUUUUAAAUACGGUUGGUAAAAACGGUGUGGUAGAUGCUCAAGCUUUAUCUAAAUUGUCUUACCUGAAGCAUUGUCUGAAGGAAUCGUUCAGAUUAAACUAUCCAACAGUGAUUGGGACUGUAAGAAUUCUACCCACUGAUGUUGUGCUUGGGGGAUACAACGUGCCGGCUGGGACGCAGAUUUUGUGCUGCAACCCAAGGUCAGCGAAGGCGUAUUUCAAGGACGCUGACAAGUACCUGCCCGAGAGAUGGAUCAGGUCUGAAGAAUGUCCAGUUGACAACUCAAACAGCAUGGCGGUGAUACCAUUCAGCCACGGACCACGGAACUGUAUCGGCAGACGUUUUGCUGUUCAGGAAAUUUAUUUGGCGGCAGCUAAAGUCCUACAGAAACUGAAGAUCGAGUUGGAGCCAGAAUCUUGGAACACUGAGUUUAUAUACACGACAUUUAUUGACACAAAAACUCCUCUAAGAUUCAAGUUUUCUAAACUAGACUAAAAAUAUAUCAGAACCUCCCAUGUUCUAUAUUUAAAAGCUGGAUGUAGGGAUCUAAAACACCUUUAAAAACAUUGAAUAUGAAUUCGAGAACAAAUCCAACAACAACAAAAAAACGCUUAUAUAGGCCCAAAAUAAACUUUAAACCACAACAAUAAUAUCCACGGACUUAAAAAAACAACCUAGAACUCAUUGUUAAUUUACUUUUAACGCUGCAUGGUAGAAUCUGUUUCAAUGAGCUACUGUAAACGCUUUAAAUUCACAUUAAUUGCAUUUUUUAUUUUUAAAUUAAAUAUUUUUUACUUGUGACAUAUGAAUCGUUAUGCUGAGUUACAUUUUUAUACCACGAUCAAAACGUGGAAAUAAUUGUGGUCAAAGUAACAUUAAAAUACCUUGCACAAUAUGUAUUUACGCAACCUAACACAUAUGUAGAUAUGUAUAUACACACAUAUA